UGUUUAUUGCACAAGCAGUUUGAAGCAGCUAUGUAAAAUAUGAUAGUUUCUUGAACUUUUUUUAUUUUGAUACAUUUUGUUUUUGGUUUUUGAAAUGGAAAAAAAAAGAAAGAACAUUUUUUCUUUAUUUUUGCUUUUGAUUUGGCAUAAACAAGCUCUUUCACACUAUAUACCAAAACUUGUCACCUUUUGGGGUCAAAAUAGAGCAAAUGCUGUAUUGGAUACAGUAGAGAUGAACUUAGCAAGCUUGUGUUCUUUUGAAUCACCCUAUUCAACAAUUGUUGUGGGGUAUGUUAGCAGAUACGUUGAUCAUCGAAAUGAAGAUUUUUUGCCUGGAAUGGGUUUUUCAGUACAUUGUGCUAGACCUCAAGAUCGCGGGCAUAUAUCGUUUCUAUAUUGUCCUUUAAUUGGACGUGAUAUUCGUUAUUGCCAACAACGCGGUAAGAAAAUUCUUAUUGGAAUAGGUGGUCCUGGAUCUCCUGCUAAAUUUGAAAGUGCUCAAGGUGCGGAAAGAUUUGCCAAUUUAAUCUGGAACCUUUUUCUUGGAGGUGACGAAACAAAUGAUUUACGUCCGUUUGGAAGCGUCAUUCUGAAUGGUAUUAAUUUUUUUAUGCAAAACAACGAUCCGCUACAUACCAACGUCUUUAUUCAAACGCUCGAUCAGUUGAGAAAUAUGGAUUUAUCUCGACGUUAUUUAUUAACAAUUUCACCUUCAUGUUUGUUUCCUGAUUCAUUUUUUGGUCCAGAUGGAGAAAAAAUCCUUGAUAUUUCAACUAAAUUCAUCGACGAAAUAUAUGUCAGAUUUACAGAUAGUGCAUGUUGCAUGAAAGGAUCAAUAGGUUUUCGUGAAUCCUUAACUAGUUGGAAAAAUUUUGUUAUUACAGCUAAUCAUCCAAAACUGUACAUAGGUGUACCUGCAGCAAUACAAGCAACAAGAACACCUAGCUGCUAUCGUUCGCCUUUAGAAAUGAUUGUUGUUUAUAAUUCUUUAAAAACGAAUCCAAGCUUUCGAGGAUUUGCAAUUAUCGAUAACUCAUUUGAUCUUCAAAAUUUAAAUGACGGAUUUUUAUUUAGUAAACCAUUACUUUCUUUGAUUCGAGAUAUGCAAUCUCAUUAUCAAAACCAUUAUUUUGGAGAAAAUAAACCAUCAAGGUUUCGUGAAAAAGCACCUGUUGUUAUACCAGUAAAAGUUCCGAUUAAAGUUUUAGUUCCAGUAAAGGUUCCUGUACCAUAUAAAGUACCUGUACCAGUACCUGCUCCAUACCCAGUCGUACAAACUACUUUACAACCUUCAAACGUAUGGACUAGACCGAUAGAUCAAACUAAUGAACCAACAAAUGGAAAUUCUAUUACAACAACAACAUUUCAGUAUCCGACAGAACCUAUUGUUCCAAGUACUGCAAAUCCAAAUGAUGACAAUGAUAAGGAUAGUGCAGCUCAAUCAAAUGAAGACGUUGAUAAUCAAGAUGACAAUUUAAACAACCAAAUUUUAUAUCCGACUACAACUACGAUUUCAUCGCUAUCUGUUAAUUUACAACCAUUUCCAGAGAACAAAACCGAUGAGCAAGAUUUAGAUUCAGACGGUUUAGAAGAGUCUAUUGAUGAAGAUGAUGACGAGGAACCAGAUGAAGAUUCCGAUGAUGAAGAAAAACAGUAUACUGUAUUUGAUCAAGCUUCUAUAAGUGAGCCAACAAAAAAAGUAGUAACAAGAAGGCCACCUUUGUAUUUACCUAAUAAUCUCUUUAUGAAAAAGCGAGCAAAUAACACUCAGGUUGUAUUGAAAAAUCAUCAUCAAAUUUUCUCUUAUCAGCCAUUUUACAAACAACUCUCAAAAAAAUAUUCUACUAGUCCAAAAAAAGAUGUUGUUAAAAACAGAAAUAUAAGCAAUAAGGUCAAAAAAACUUCUUUUGACAAAAAAUUGAUUAAUAAUUCAAUUAACACGUCAAUUUAUCGAUAUAGCGCUAAAAAGUUGUUUAACACAUCAAUAUAUCGAUAUAACACCAAGCAAAUAAAAAAAAAUUUAGAUCAGAAUAUAGUAAAAAAUAACAAAACCGUUAAUAGAAAUUUUAAGUCAGAUAAAAUUGAAAAAAAAUUGCAUUCUGAGACAGAUCUGAAAACUUAUCUUCACAAUAUUUUCCAGCCAGUUAACAAAAAGGAAAAUUUAAAAUCACACACAAAAAAUAUAUACAAUAUUUUACCUAGAGAAGAUAAAAUAGAUAUAAUUUACGAUUCACCGACAAAAAAAGAUGAAGUUACAGGUAAAACAAUUAAAGGAACAAAAAUGAAUAUUAUUAUAGAUGUUCCGGAUAAAAAAAGUAAGUUAACGGAAAAUGUUAGUAAUUAUGGUGUAAGUAUUAAGACAACAUGCGGCAAAACGGAAUGCAACGAAUAUAUCAAUCCAGAAUCUUUUUAUAAAAAUAGAGAUGAUCUUUUUCUCAGCACAAACAAACUUGACAACUACAAACGAGAUAUGGAUCUUAGUAGGCUGUCCCCCAAUCCAAUAGAAGAAUUGGAAGAAGAGUAUAUUGAAAGCUUACUCGGUAGAUUUGCUGAAGAUUCAGACGGUGAUGUAGUCAACGAGGAUGAAACUGAUUUAAUGAGUAAUAACAACGUUAACACAAAAAGAAACUUGAGAAACAAUCCUAUUGAAUAUGAUGAUCAAAUACCCUUAAAAAAACAGAUGGAGUUUAGGAUUCCAAAUGUUGCUAAUCCUAUAAACUCAGCAAAUAGUCAAAUGACUUUAAACGACCAGAUGCAAGAAAAUGAAAAAUACUUAAAACUACUUCAGGAUGACUUUCAAAAGCAAUUGGACCAGUUUAACAAUGAUAUUAUUAAACAGCAACCUGCUGACCCUUCGGAAAUUGAUCAAAAUGUUACAUUUCCUUACAACGUUAAAGAAAGUGAGUUAGAAAAAAUUAUUAAAGGAGACUUAGAUAUUGGAAAAGUCCAAUUAAGGGAUUUGAUUUCUAAUGUCAAUGUUAAAGGAAACAUGGACCAUUUAAAAAUGCUUAUGAGUGCAAUGCAGAACGAUAUUAAUAAUGCUAACAAUGCAAUAAUAGAAAGAGAAAAAGAUAUCAAUGAAAAACAAACUGAGAAUAAAAAUGAUAAAAAUGCGCCAAAAACAUUUUUUUAAAAAGAAAUAAUUAAAAAAAAAAGAGAGUCUUU